CUCAGAAAAUACCCUGCAUGACAAAUUGCUUCAACUAGAGUGUCACUUCACAUGGGAUUUGAAAAAAGAAGAAAUUAAGAUUAACGAUUUGGAAAUCACAAUUCCUGAAAAUAUACAAUUCUCCGUGGAAAAAUAUAAGGGAAAACUCUACAAUUACCUUGCUUAUGUGAAGCACCUGAAAGGUUUUAAUGAAGAAGCCCUGAAAUAUCUAGAACAAGCUGAAGAGAUAACAAAGAAGGACCAUGAAGGUGAAUUUGAGAAGCUGGUCAUUGUUACUUAUGGAAACUUUGCUUGGGUGCACUAUCACAUGGGUGAGCUCACCAAAGCCCAGAGCUACCUAGAGUCUUUUUCCAUCAAGGCAGAGACUAAUAAUCUUUAUCUUUGUUUGAUGUUUCGAGUUCUCUCACAAAAUACCCUGCAUGACAAAUUGCUUCAACUAGAGUGUCACUUCACAUGGGAUUUGAAAAAAGAAGAAAUUAAGAUUAACGAUUUGGAAAUCACAAUUCCUGAAAAUAUACAAUUCUCCGUGGAAAAAUAUAAGGGAAAACUCUACAAUUACCUUGCUUAUGUGAAGCACCUGAAAGGUUUUAAUGAAGAAGCCCUGAAAUAUCUAGAACAAGCUGAAGAGAUAACAAAGAAGGACCAUGAAGAUGAAUUUGAGAAGCUGGUCAUUGUUACUUAUGGAAACUUUGCUUGGGUGCACUAUCACAUGGGUGAGCUCACCAAAGCCCAGAGCUACCUGGAGAAGCUGGAAGACAUUUGCAAGACGUUCCCCACAGCCUCCCGCUACAGUGUCCUUCUUCCUAUUGUGUACGCGGAGAAGGGAUGGUCCUUUUUGAAGGUCUGUGAUGAGAAACAUUAUAAGAUAGCAAAAGAAUGUUUUGAAAGGGCUCUUGAAGAAGAGCCAGAUGAGAAGGAGUGGAAUGCUGAUUAUGCCAUUGUGCUGUACCGCCUUGAAACGUUUGGACCUUCAGUUUGUGCUGAAGACUCAAUUGCACUAAAACAGUUAAAACAUGCUCUAGAGCUAGAUCCAGAAAACCCAGUUCUCAUGGUACACCUGGGAAUAAAACUGCAGCUUUAUGAACAAAAUGAAGAAGCCCUGAAAUUAGUGAAUCAAGCUCUGAAGCUGUCACCACAAAGCCCCAGUGUUGCUGUACAUGCAGCACGGUUUUUCAGAAACCAUGGCUGUCCAGACAAAUCCUUGGAGGUAUUAAAAGAGGCGUUGCAAGCAGCACCAGAUUCACAUCCUCUGCACUAUCAAUUAGGACUUACCUACAGAUCCAAAAUUGGCAAAUUCCAGGGCCAGUGGAAUCAGGAUCCCACAGAGUUUGAGCAAUUUGUUAAAUUAAGUAUUGUACACUUAGAAAAGGCUGUUAGGAUGAAGCCAUCAAAAAUUAAUCCUCAGUUAGAUCUGGCACAAAUGUAUGCAGAAUCUAACAACAUGCCACAAGCAGAACAUAUAUAUCAGAGGUUAUUUGACACGCCAUUUACAUGGCUUGAUGAUAUACAGAGAUUACAUCUUUGUUUUGGGAACUUCCAGUAUUAUUACAAAAAAUCAGAGCCUGAUGCUAUUAAACAUUAUAAAAUUGUAUUACAAAUGCAAAAUACAUCUAUAGCAAGCAACAAGUGUUAUGCUCGGCUACAAAAAAUCGCCAGAAAACGUAUUGCAAUGAAUCAACAUGCAGAAGGUUUUGCCAUUUUGGCUUCAGCUCAUGAACUCAGAAACGAGCUACCACAAGCAAUCGACUACUAUGAGAAGGCAUUGAAGCAUGACCCAGACAAUGAAAGAUACAUGGGUGCUAUUUUUGACCUGUGUGACUCAUUGCAGUACAAAGGCACUGUAUAAUCUUUUCACAAGUGUGUCUGUAUAAUAUGCUCUACCUCAAGAAAUACUCGUACUAAAAUAAAUUAAAAUUCAAUGAUAGAGGUGGAAUAUUUAUUGCUACUCCUGUUUUGUUAUUUUCUGAUUGUGUCAUUAUUAUGACAUUAUGACAACAGAUUUAUCCAUUUUUAAAUAUUAAAGUGAUGUUACUAUUUGGAAAGACAACCGCAAAACGUAUCAUUGAUAAUCAUACUAUGUCCGAAUUACGUGAUGUGAAUUGACCCAAUGAACUGAUUUUUGUCAUUGUUUACCAGCUUUGAAUCAUUAGAGAAAUAUUUAAACUUUUAAAUAUUGUGACAUGUUCAAUUUAAAAUUGCUGUUUUUUGUAAUUGUGACAUGAAUUGACUAAUAG